AUGGCUACAGAGUACGAUCACGAGAACGGUCGCUACGACGACGAACCUCGCUUCGCUCGCGACCGUAGCGCAUCUCCUCGCGAUGAACCUCGCGGCGACCGCACCCGCAGCCGUUCUCCCAACGGACGCGUCGAUGAUCGUCCCCCUAUUGAUACCCGUAAGCCUCCUUUGGAUGACGACGAGGAAGGCGCUCUCAACACUGGAUCCAACCUUUUCGUCACCGGCAUCCAUCCCCGUCUGACCGAAUCGGACAUUUCGCGUCUCUUCGAGAAAUAUGGUGACGUUGAGAACUGCUCGAUCAUGGUCGACCCUCACACCAAGGAGUCUCGCGGCUUUGGCUUCGUCAAGAUGGUUACUGCCGAGCAGGCUGAUGCCGCCAAGGAAGGUCUUCAGGGCGAGGUCAUCGAAGGACGUACCUUGAGCAUUGAGAAGGCUCGUCGUAGCCGUCCCAGAACCCCGACCCCCGGCAAAUACUUUGGUCCCCCCAAGCGCGACUUCCGUGGUGGUCCCCGUGGUCGUGGUGACCGCUAUGAUGACCGCCGUGGUGGUGGCUAUGGUGGCAGCUGGCGUCGUGGCGGCGACGACUACCGCUAUGGCCGCUACGACUCUUACAGUGACCGUCGCGACUACGGUGGAGGCCGUGACUACCGCGACUACGGUCGCCGCGAGUACCGUGAUGAUUAUGGUUACCGCGGUGGCGGUGGUGGUGGUGGUGGUGGCAGUGGUGGCGGUGGCAUCGACCGUUAUGCUUCCGGUGGUCGUGAGGACCGUUACAGCCGCGAGGAUCGUCGCGGUGGUGAAGAGCGUCGUGGCGGCGGCGGCGGUGGUGGUGGUGAAGAUCGCCGUGGUUACUAUGACCGCGACGCCAACCCCGCUAGCUACGGAUCCGCUCCUCCUCCCCGUGAGCCCUAUGCCGGCGGUGGUGGCAGCGGUGGCGGUAGUCGCUCCUACGAACCCCGUGGCGAUGACCGUUACAGCACCAGGUAG